GUGCCGUUUUAAGUAUCGCGCGAUUUUCGUAUUCAGGUACGCAUGCGAGCAAUGCAUGCGCCGCGAACGCGUGUGAUUCAAUGUGAGUGCUUCGAAGGACCACUGAGAGGAGGAGGAGGCUCAGGAGGAGCAUCGGGCGCCGGCGGAGCAACUUUACGAUCAUCAACUAUGCAGAUCAACAGAAUGACAACUCCGCUGCUGCGCAUCAAUCGGUAUUCCAUCACGACGCAGUACGGUUCCUCUCGAUGACAGGCGCCUAGGACUCGGGCGAUAUUGCGAUCUUCCAGAGCAGCCAGAAUUCUUACGUCUCUUUGGAAGUCCAACCUGUUUUGGGAUCAGCCCGGUUCAUCGAUGCGAUCGCAACAAUGAACAACUCUGCUGCUGCGAAUCGCGUGCCGGUAGAACUGGAGGCCAACAUACUUAGUUGGCAUACAACAAUCGAGACAUACGAGAGAGGAGAGGAAUCUAUCCUUCUUCAUCCUGCGCCACCUGACUUCGCUACCUGCGGUGUGCGUCCUGACAGGGGGUUCCCGAAAGACCAGCUGGUACGCGACGGCGGUUCGGACGCUUGGCGAACGUGUUUAUGCGAAGGCUUGAUUGGUCGAAUCACGGUGACGGUGCAUAAUGAAUGUAGGGAGAAGAACUUGACGACGCGCGAGCAAGCAAACGCGAGUCGUCUCUUGGCGAUGAUAAUAAAUCGUGAAGAGGGCGAUGACGCGAAUGUUUGAGAAAAGCUCCGGGUCGGAGCACGAAUCGGGUUCCUCUACAAUGGGCCGCUCCGCUACUGCAUCGCGGUAAAGGUCUUCGAGUAAUAGAUCUUAAUUGGAUCCUUUGAGAAACAUAUUUCAUAGUCAAUUACCUUAAUGGUCGGUAUGCUUGAGCAGCUACUAAUCUUGCAGAAUCUUUGAAAGAAUCGCUCGCAACGUUUCUACGUAUUUGAAUUUGUAAAGGAUUUAACGGUUUUUAAAGCCAUUUGUUAUGUAAACGAAGACGUUUUCACGAAUAAGUGAGCACGGUAAUUUAUAGUUGCGUCCUCCAUAAAUAAUUAUUUAUUCGUCCUGAUUCCUGGUUUCAGCAAUUCAUGAUAUAUCAUUCAUUAUUAUUUAUUCUUAUUAAUUUAUUUAUUGAUAUCCACAUUUAGACUCUUAAAAGAAACUGUUUCCAUUUUCGUGGUUUACAAUAUAAUCUUUUGACAUUUAAAUAUUUUUUUUGAGAAACAGAAAUCCUUUAAGAAAUAAUUAUGGAUUUGUUUGCUGACUUUUCUUAUGCGAUCAAAAACACAUGACUUGGAUAUCAAUUUUUUUUGAGGCGACAAUCGAUAAAGAUGUCGAAGUUUCGAAUGUAAAAGCAAAUAUUUGGAGAAUUCGGUCUUUACUCCGUUAAAACAAAUUUAUAAUAACAUGAAAUUGCAUCGUUUGGCAAUUUUAUUGCCAUGUUUACUCGUUAAAUUAUUAUUUUACUCAAGCUUUGCUCUGUGACUUUGUGAAUACAUUAAGAUAACUUUAUAUUGGUUGCUUGAACAAAAUACGAACGAAAGUUGGAUUAACACAAAAAAACAUACAUAUCUUGGACAUAAAAUUUU